AUGAAGAGGGUAAACAGCUGUGUGAAGAGUGAUGAUCAUGUCCUAGAAGAGUUAGAAACAGAAGGGGAGAGGCAGCUGAAAAGCCUCCUUCAGCAUCAACUUGACACCUCUGUCUCCAUUGAGGAAUGUGUGUCUAAGAAAGAGAGUUUUGCUCCUGGUACCAUGUACAAGCCCUUUGGGAAGGAAGCAGCUGGAACUAUGACUUUGUCCCAGUUCCAAACAUUGCAUGAGAAGGACCAGGAAACUGCUGCUCUCAGGGAACUAGGGCUCAAUGAAACAGAAAUCUUGAUCUGGAAGAGCCAUGUUUCAGGUGAAAAGAGGACAAGACUGAGGGCAACCCCUGAAGCAAUACAGAACUGCCUUCAAGAUAUUGAAGAAAGGAUCUCAGAGCGUCAGCGCAUGCUUUGCCUGCCACAGAGAUUUGCAAAGAGCAAACAGCUGACCCGGCGAGAAAUGGAAAUAGAAAAAUCUUUAUUUCAGGGUGCUGAUCGUCACUCCUUCCUUAAGGCUCUUUAUUACCAAGAUGAAUCCCAAAAGAAGAACAAAGGUGAUCCCAUGAACAACCUGGAAAAUUUUUACCAAGAGAUGAUAAUGAAAAAACGUCUUGAAGAGUUCCAACUUAUGAGAGGUGAACCCUUUGCUUCCCACUCACUGGUCUCAGCUACAUCAAUGGGAGAUAGUGACCCAGCUGAGAACCCGCCAUUACUCCAGGACAAGGGAGAACAGGCAGCACAGGGUAAAGGUCCCAGUCUCCAUGUGGCAAAAGUUAUUGAUAAUUCACCUGAGCAGUGUUGGACUGGGCCUAAGAAGCUGACGCAGCCAAUAGAAUUUGUCCCAGAAGAUGAGAUCCAGAGAAAUCGUUUGUCAGAGGAAGAGAUCCGAAAAAUUCCUAUGUUUUCUUCAUAUAAUCCAGGGGAGCCAAACAAGGUGUUAUACCUGAAGAACCUUAGCCCUCGGGUGACCGAAAGAGAUCUUGUAUCAUUGUUCGCUCGGUUCCAGGAGAAAAAAGGACCUCCAAUUCAAUUCCGAAUGAUGACUGGACGAAUGAGGGGGCAAGCUUUUAUCACCUUUCCCAAUAAGGAGAUAGCAUGGCAAGCAUUUCAUCUAAUAAAUGGAUAUAAACUACAUGGAAAAAUUUUGGUGAUAGAAUUCGGAAAGAACAAAAAACAACAUUCUGAUCUCCAUGCUGCUUCUCUCAGAUCAUCUGCUACAGAAAACACUACAAAAACCAGUGGCAGCUAG